ACAAUUCCUAUUUCUCUUCGGGAUGGGCCUUUUUAUUCUUGCCAUUACCUGGGUGGAGCAUACUACCCCUAGUCGGAUGUCAAGGUGAUCGUUCCUCUCGUCCUAGGUUCUAUUCUCCUCAUACUAUUUCUCGUCUGGGAAUACCUCAUGAUGCCAGGCUUAACACUACCAGUCUGGUAUCCAUAUCGCCGGGCCAUGCUUCCAUUCAAGCCCAUUUUGAGCCGCAACUCCGGACUGUUAAUGUAUAUCAACUUCAGCACCGGUAUGGCAUUGUACGCCGUCUUCUACUUUGUCGAUAUAUAUUUCGCACUCGUCCUGCAAUUUUCCUCCAGUGAAGGAGGUAAAAAUCUACUUUACUACAUCCCAGGUCUAGCCGGCGGCGUAUACCUCGCUAUUUUUGCCUGCAAUGUAUUUCCACACCAAACAUGGUAUCCACUUUUCCUCGGCACGAUCAUCGAGCCCCUCGGCAGCACUAUUCUCGCCGUAGCGCUUUCCUGGGGCCAUCUCCCUACAGUCUAUGGCAUGCUUGCUCUUACGGGCGUGGGAACAGGAAUCAGACUCAUGCCUGGUACACUCUACGCAAUAGGACAUUAUCCCACACAAAUCGCACCACUCGUCUCAAUGAUGUCUCUUUCUUCUUCGCUAGGUGGCACCCUCGCAUUAACAAUCAUGCUAAAUAUCUUCAAUAACCAUCUUUCAUCCUCUGGUAUUUCGGUCUCUGGCGCCUCGACUGUGAGUUUUUCGAAUAUCGAGACUUUACCAUUGAUAGAACAGGAUUAUGUGAGAGAUAUGGCGAAGAGAGGUAUCGUGUUGGCUUUCUUUGCUAUUUCGGCGUUUUUGUGGUUAGGUGUGGGUGCGAGUGUGGGAUUGGGAAAUGCGUGGAUUGCGAAGGAUGGGGAGGAGGGGAUGGCGAAAUUGGGGAGAACAUGUGAGGGGAGUUUUAUUUGGAGUUUGGUGAGGGGAAAGGGGAGAGAUAAGGCUGAGGAGGCUUGAGGUGGGGAUAUACGUGGUAUCUAUAUAUUUAUGUAUAUCUGUGGAGUAGUUUUAGAUUGCUGAUGCCCAGAGUAUACAAUUAGUUCUUGGUCUUUUAAAUAUUCAGUUCAUGUAUAUAGUAUAUUGUAUAGAAAGAGGAUCAAUUGUGAUCUUAAUCUUAAGUAAGAGUACAAUUUUGGGAACCUAAAAUAAUAUAAAUAUUUAGAUUUCAUUACAAUACACUAUCUAUCCAUGACUGAAGACUAUCCAAUUAUUCUAGACCCAAGAAGCAAAUUGUGAUAUAAAUUAUCUCUUUCCGGA